UAAUGCCGUCUUCAUUCUUUCAGAAGUGAACAUACGUAUCUAUGUCCCUGUGAUUAUGAGUAUUACGGUUACAUUGCCGAUAGCGAAGUUUAUUUACUGUUCUUGUGAAGAAAAAUGGCAGCGUUAAGCAGCAGACUAUUCCCAAUUCUGAAGUACAACCUUACGAAUCACAAAUCGGUCUGCUUGCAGAGAUCGUUACUUCGAUGGACAGAGCGGUCUUUUUCGUGUUAUGCCAGCAACUGUCAGCUUCAAGGGACAAAUAGUAACAACCAUGUGUUGCCAGGAAAGGUGGACCGGUUCGGUGGUGUCACGGUGGAUCUCAGCGAUCGCCACUUCCCACCUGAUGUCACUGAAAGUGCGUUUCAUGUUCUGCUGCAAGACUCUCUCCGGCAGUGGAGGGUGGACGGCCGGGUGGCGGCAUGGCUGCGCGUCCCCAUCUCUCAGGGUCGCUUGCUGUCAGUGGCAGCCUCCCACGGUUUUACUUUUCACCACGCCCGGCACGACAGAGCAACACUCUCCUUGUGGAUGGGCGAGGGAGAGAACCGACUGCCUGGCUUUGCCACCCACCAGGUCGGAGUCGCAGGUGCCGUCCUAGAUGAGGCCAGCGGAAAAGUCCUUGUCGUUCAAGACAAAAACAAGACUAAAAAUGCGUGGAAGUUCCCUGGCGGUCUCUCAAAUCUGGGUGAGGAUAUUGGUGCCACGGCGGUCCGCGAGGUCUUUGAGGAGACGGGGGUCCGGUCAGAGUUCCAGUCCCUCCUGAGCGUGCGGCAGCAGCAUAAGCACCCGGGAGCCUUUGGCAUGUCUGACAUGUAUCUCAUCUGCCGGCUCAGGCCCCUGUCCCAUGCCAUCCACUUCUGCACCCAGGAGUGUCUCCGGUGUGAGUGGAUAGGGUUGGCCGAGUUGGCACAGACCGACGCCACCACGCCCAUCACCAGCAGGAUAGCCAAACUCCUCCUCUAUGGCUACCGGGAAGGCUUCGACAAGAUUGACCUCUCCGUGGAGGAGAUGCCAGCUGUCUACUCGGGGCUGUUCUAUCAGCUGUAUCACAGGGAGCUGCCUACGUCUUACAAGCAGCCAUGAGCACCUCAUCAAGCUCGCAAACUCAAACUGUACCGUGGACACUUUGAUUACUGCCUGGAGCCCGUCAUGUGAUGAACAACUUGGGAACUCCGUGGAACGAUGUAGCAGUUCUUACAUUAUUCAUGAUCUUUUCUAAUGUGUAACACACAAUUAUUAACAGCAAAGUUCAAGUUUGCAAAAAGGGCACAUUGGUUUUGUGGACCCACAAAUGGACUGGUUAACCAGUCAAGUGUUAUGCUCGGAUAUUUUGGAUAGUUCUGGUAUUGAAUUGUGAAUGGCAUUUACACCAGAUAUUAAAAUGGAAACAGAGAAGUACUGA